AUGGCGCCGUCUUUUCUGAAUUUUAAGGAGCUCCGUCGACGGUCGCGGGCAAGCUUCAAGACAGAACGAUCUAACACUGAUAACUCGAGCAACGACAACGACGAUACCAGCCAUGGCACCGUUCCAACCAACGGUUCUGUGACGCCAGCCUCACUGGCUGCGCGGUCGCAGUCGGACCUGAACCUGCAAGUAAAGGACUCGCAUGGAACACCACCGCCGCCAGUCCCUCAAAAUAGACCUCCGUUGCCAAGUGCUCCGAACAAGCGAUACAGCGUUGGAGGCAUGUCGGGCCUUGGUUCGCCGACUGUUCUGGUCAAUGGCCAGAACAAGUCUUUUGCUGUCUCGCAUUAUGCUCCGCGCAUUACCAAUGUGACAGAAAACUCCUGGGUUUCCCAAAAAGUGCUUUUGAUCAAUGGCACUAUCGGCGAUCCAGCACAAGGUUCUUUGGAUGGCACUCUAACGGUGAACCGUAUGGACGAUGCUUUCCCAGCCACGUUCUGGCCUGUAUGCGAGUCCCAUUUCAAAGCAUUGGUAUACCUCGUGCCCGGCGCGAACAGAUUACGAUUUGACUUCAACAGCCCGAAGCUUUCUAACUCUGGUUCCUCGAACCCACUCCAUUCUUCUUACCUCACCGUUCACAUGGUACCCCCCAUGAACUCGCCCCCUUUGCAGCUGGCAAUUCUUGUCGCAAAGGACUCCCCAGCGACGUUUGAUGCUGUGCCGGCGCGGAUAGAAAGAGAAGGAAACGGUUUGGAAACCGCAGUUCGCAAGUUCCGCAUGGCCGCAUAUUUGUGGCAAGCUUUCACAGCAGAGCAGAUGUAUAGAAACAAAUUUGGACGGCGCGUCUUCAGAUUCGAGGAAGAGUGGACCACGGGAACCAGCAAUCAAAGAGACUUGGAAAUGGGCACUAUGCGGUCGGAGGCACGCAUUCAUGUCAUUCGCUCGGACAAAACCGUCGCGGAGAUCCGGGAUCUCGAGAGAGCUCAGCAGUAUUCGAAAGCAACCAAGAAAGGUGAGCUGUACGAGAUUGCUGCCGACGCCGUCAAGAACUACUUCAAACCACUUCCGGGCCAGAAGCAAUACGUCUCGGUGUUGAUACUGGACGCUCACUGGGACACUGUUUCAAAAACAGUUCUUGGUCACGCCGCCCUGGGUGGCAAUGCUGGCGACUUGCAGCUAGCUAUCUUUGGAUCGCAUUGCAUGCAGAGCUAUCCUACGACUUUCGAAGAAGUGGUGCCCGCUUUCACCGACUGCACUCCAACCGACACAAACUACGUCGCAAACGAUUGUAACGAGGGCGGAAGCUCGUGGGAAGCCGCCAACAUUGGAAUUGGCGCACACAUGCACGAGACGGGUCACCUGUUCGGCUGCCCGCACCAGGAGAAUGGUGUCAUGUUGCGAGAUUAUGUUCGACUCAACCGGACGUUUGUGGCACGUGAGGCCUACUGCACGCGGACCAAGUCAAAAGGAGGCCUGGUCUCACAGGCAGACGAAUGCACGUGGCACAGGCUGGAUUGUCUGAGAUUCAGGAACCACCCUUGCUUUAGAGCUCCGAACGACCCCGUACUUAACCUCGACAACAGUGUGCAGGCCUGGCCCGUAGAAGACGGCAAGGUGCUCGUGACUGCCCCGACCGGCGUCUCAUACCUCGAGCUCUACCCAGAGGGCGAUGAUCUGUGUCACACAUGGAUUGAAUACCCAGCGGAGAACGGACAGGUGCAGCGGCACCUGACUCUGACAGAGAAGGAGCUCAAAGAACGACUCCCCGAGGACAAGCGCCAGGCGAAGCUGAAGGUGUGCAUCAAAUCGCAUGGUGGCGGCAAUCUGGAUAUCGGCGACUUCGGCAGCUUGAGCUCCAAGUCAUCCGCGCUCAAGCUCUCCUUUGCGGUCGGACCUAUCGGCAAGUUUGCUUUCAGGGGCAACAAGCUAGGAAUGUCCCAGAUGGAGGGCAGCGAGCCGCAGGAGUUCAUCUUUACUAGCGUGAAGAAGCAAGAACGAGUGCUUUCCAAGAUCGUGUUCUACCACGGUUUUGCUUUUGAUGGUAUGGAGUUCUUCUACGACGAUGAAUCGAGCCAAUUGUUCGGCAAGCGCGGGGGCAAACCAGGAGGCGACACAUUCGACAUGAAUGUACGCCGAGGCGAAUACAUAACUGGUUUCAUUGUGCGGUCCGGUCUUUGGGUCGACGCAGUCCAAGUCUUGACGAGCAUGGGAAGAAAGUCGCCCAUGUAUGGCAACGCACAUGGCGGAUCAUCCCAUACUCUUCUACCACCUCGAGGCUACACAGUCUGUGGUGUUUCUGGUUCCUGCGCUGGCUGGGUUGACGGUUUCUCGGUACUCAUCACCCGGUGGUAG